UCUCUCAUCACACACACAACACACAGCGAAGCAACUCCAGCCACCUUCACCUCCUCCUCCUCCUCCUCCUCAAAGAAUCAAGCUCACAGCUAAACAAAAGGAUAGAGGUAGAGAGGGAGAGGGUGAGUUCAAGAAAUGUUUUUCAUUGAUAAAAAUGCAAUCUUUUUGCUGCUUCUCUCGUGUCUAUGCUGCAAAGUUUCGAGCUUGGGAUCAAUGUCGUCAGUCGCCAUAUCCUACGGAGAAAAUGGGCCAGUUUUCUGCGGCUUAAAAUCUGACGGCUCCCAUCUCGCCACGUGCUACGGCUCGAAUCCUUCAAUAAUUCAUGCAACGCCGGAUCACCUACAUUUCCUCGGCCUAACCGCCGGAAACGGCUUCGUCUGCGGGCUUUUAAUCGAUUCAAAUCAGCCCUUUUGCUGGGGAAACACGGCCUUCAUUCCAAUGGGGGUUUCUCUUCAGACUUCAAGAAAUGCAGAGUACAUAGAAAUCAGCGCAGGAGACCACCAUUUGUGCGGAUUGAGGAAGCCCUUGUUUGGGAAGAUGAGGAACACUUCUUUAGUCGAUUGUUGGGGCUAUAACAUGACAAAAAGUCACGAUUUUGAUGGGCAGAUCCAGUCGAUUUCAGCUGGCUCAGAGUUCAAUUGUGGCCUUUUUGCUCAGAAUAGGAGUGUUUUCUGCUGGGGUGAUCAGACUAGUAGCAAUGUGAUAGGAUUGGUUCCAAAAGUUUCUAGGUUUAGGACAAUUGCAGCUGGAGGGUUUCAUGUUUGUGGGAUUUUGGAAGGUGCGCAUUCCAGUGUUGAAUGUUGGGGUACAAGUUUGGAUCUUGAAGUGGGGAUUUCUGCAUCUUCCUCUGUUAUGUAUGCAGGGCAGCUCAAUGUGGAUGCGGCACCGGACGAUCCUAUGCUGUCUGUGGUUGGGGGGAAGUUUCAUGCUUGUGGGAUUAGGAGUUAUGAUAGGAGUGUGGUUUGCUGGGGUUAUGAGGUGGAUAGGAGCACGCCGCCGCCAUUGGGGGUGAAAUUAUAUGAGAUAGCUGCAGGGGAUUACUUCACUUGUGGGAUCAUAGCUGAGACAUCUCUACUGCCCGUUUGUUGGGGUGCUAACUUCCCUUCUGCUCUGCCUCUGGCUGUCUCUCCCGGGGUCUGCAAGGUGGGGGCGUGUGCUCCUGGCUACCACGAGUUCAACAAUGCCAGCGCGCCUUGCAGGUCCCAGGACUCCCACAUUUGCGUCCCCUGCAGUGGGGAGUGUGAUGGUGAGAUGUAUGAGGUGAUUGGGUGUGGCGGGGAGGUGGAUAGGCAAUGUGGGUAUAAUUGUUCGACCUGCAGCUCGAGUGAGUGUGUCAAGAAUUGCUCAAUGGUGGUUGGUGGUGGUGGUGGUGGUGGUGGGAUUAGGAGUGAGAAUCUUUGGUCUUUGCAGUUGCCUAUUAUUGUUGCAGAGAUUUGCUUUGCUGUGUUCUUGGUGAGUGUUGUGGCUUUGACCUCUGUUAUGUAUGUUAGGUAUAAGCUGAGGAACUGUAGAUGCUCCGUUGACUCCACAAAAGGCAGUGGGAGUGGCAGCUCUUUUAGGAAGGAGAGUGGCAAGAUUAGGCCAGAUUUGGAUGAGUUGAAGAUCAGGAGAGCUCAGAAGUUCACCUAUGAGGAGCUUGAGAAGGCUACGGAAGGGUUCAAGGACGAAUCCCUCGUGGGGAGGGGGAGCUUCUCAUGCGUGUUCAAAGGCGUGUUGAAGGAUGGCACUGUUGUUGCAGUGAAAAGGGCGAUCUUGUCCUCUGAUAUGAAGAAGAACUCGAAGGAGUUCCACACGGAGCUGGACUUGCUGUCACGUCUAAACCACGCACAUUUGCUCAAUCUGCUGGGCUAUUGUGAGGAGGCUGGUGAAAGGCUUCUUGUGUAUGAGUUCAUGGCUAAUGGCUCUUUGCAUCAGCACAUUCAUAGCAAGAAUAAGGAGACGAAGGAGCAGUUGGAUUGGGUGAGGCGUGUGACGAUUGCUGUCCAAGCAGCUCGAGGGAUUGAGUAUCUGCACGGCUAUGCUUGCCCUCCGGUGAUUCAUCGCGAUAUAAAGUCUUCAAACAUCCUCAUAGACGAGGAGCACAAUGCUCGUGUCGCUGAUUUCGGCCUUUCCUUGCUCGGGCCUGCAAACAGCAGCUCACCACUUGCUGAGCUGCCUGCGGGGACAUUAGGAUAUCUUGAUCCCGAGUAUUAUAGGCUGCAUUACCUCACAACGAAGUCGGAUGUGUAUAGCUUUGGUGUUUUGCUGUUGGAGAUUUUGAGUGGGAGGAAGGCCAUUGAUAUGCAGUAUGAGGAAGGAAAUGUAGUCGAGUGGGCAGUCCCUUUGAUCAAGAACAACGAUGUCGAGGCCGUUCUUGAUCCAUCAUUGAAACCUCCAUCUGAUCUUGAAGCCCUGAAACGGAUUGCCAACAUUGCUAGUAAAUGUGUGAGGAUGAGAGGGAAGGAGAGGCCGUCUAUGGACAAGGUUACAACGGCUUUGGAGCGUGCACUUGCACAGCUGAUGGGCAGCCCAUGUAGCGAGCAGCCUAUACUGCCGACUGAAGUGGUGUUGGGGAGUAGUAGGAUGCAUAAGAAGUCGUCUCAGAGGUCGGGGAACCGGUCCACCUCAGAGACGGAUGGGGCAGACACGGAGGAUCAGAGGAUCGAGUUCAGGGCUCCAUCUUGGAUCACCUUCCCUAGCGUGGCUUCCUCGCAGAGAAGGAAGUCAUCCGUCUCCGAGUCUGAUCUUGAAGCUGCUAAGAACAUUGAGGUGAGGAACACAGGGAAUGGGACCACGGUUGGGGAUGCGUUGAGGAGUCUGGUGGAGGAGAUUGGCCCGGCCUCGCCUCAAGAACACUUGUACUUGCAGCACAACUUCUAGUUCGCGUUGGAUCAACGCAUGUUUAAAAUGGCGUCUCGUUGUCAAUCAAUGACUAACAUGGAAUGGAAGUGAGUCUUGUAAAUUAGCUCUCUCUCAACUAAGCAUGUUAUGUUUUCUCCAAAGCUUUUUGAGCUAAUGUCAAGACUCUUUACUUACAAAUGGUAACCUUUUUAUGGUAA